GACUGAGUGGGAGAGAGACUGAGAGAGAGAGAGAGAGAGAGAGAGAGAGAGAGAGAGAGGAGGUUCCAGAGUUUCUACAGGUUGUUCUCACACACAAGGCCAUUCCACAGCCUCAGAAACAGGAAGGAAGUUCUGGUUUGAGAAGCAACAACCUAGAAACAAGUAAGCCCCGUUUGAGUCAGUUUCCCCUGGCAAGCCACAGGACGCUGUGUGAGACAAUACAGAGUGAACUACUACUGAACAGCCUGUGCUGCUUGAGCUCUCCAUGUUGAGAGAGUAGAACUCUUCACAACCCUGUUGUGAAAGUGUAUCAUAUUAGUAUCUAUAUAUGUACAUAUAAGAUUAUUUAUUGGUGUUAUCACUGAAAACAUAUCUUUGUGCUGAUGUGUUGAGUCCUGUUUGGUGUUCAGCUGUUACUGUGGUUGAAUAUCCAGUACAUAUCUUUAUUGUAUAUCUAAGACUGCACAGACUAGUUUUAAGAGGACUAACUACCAGGCUCGGACUGUUAUCGCUGUCUAUCAGUAGUGUUAUCAGCGGACAGUGUUUCUGUGUGAUAGGGAAGUCUGUUUCACUGCUCCAGGUUUGAGGGCUCUGGCUUUAGUCCUCAGUCCUUCUGUCCCACAUAAAGACUCAGGGUAACAGCACCACAGACGUGGGAGGCCUUCUAAUUGAAACAAUGGACAGAAUCAUACGUCCCCAUGUCCCCUCUAAUGGCUGACUUUGACACCCCCAGUUCACUUCAGAGCCCCACCCCACGCCCAACCCAAGCCAGGGGCAUUGCCCGCUGAACCACCCACAGCCCCCUCUCUCUAACAAAGACACAGACACACAAAUAAGCUUAAUGUCCAUGUCCUGCCUCAGGCGGCAGCCUGUGACAAUCCCCAUGGAUACCGUCAAGAUCAUCCAGUCGGAAAAGUUCCCCCGGGAAUGCACGGUGCCAGUCACCCAGCCUUGCUUCACCCCUCCCCCGCGGGUGGCAUGGGAUGGAGGGGGAGAGGGAGAGAUCAUUGUGAACCAGGCGUGCAGUGACCUAGCUCUGGAGAUGACCUGCACUGACCUGGCCCCCACCAGACCCAUGGUCUCAUCUCCACCAGCUCCCAUGGGGCGCAGGGAGAGCUACCUGGCCCAGCGCAAAGCCAGCACCGCAGAGAUCUGCUACCACCAGUUCCACUACAAGAUGGAGGACGUCAUAGUCAACCAGUACGUGCUGCGUUCUUCUUCCACCUCCUCCUCCACCUCCUCUUCCUCCUCAGGGCCCGUGAUGCCUUGUGAGCCCCUGGACUGCCCCACCUGCGGCCACACCUACAACUUUGCAGGCAAGCGUCCACGCAUCCUCUCCUGCCUGCACUCGGUGUGUGAGGAGUGCUUGCAGAUCCUCUACGAGUCCUGCCCCAAGUACAAGUUCAUCUCGUGCCCAACGUGCAGGCGUGAGACGGUGCUGUUCACUGACUAUGGGCUGGCUGCCCUGGCCAUCAACACCAGCAUCCUGAGCCGGCUGCCCUCUGACCCCAAUGGCCCGGUGCAGUGGGGCGGGGAGGCCGACCGGAGCUGCUACCAGACGGUACGCCAGUACUGCCAGUCAGCCUGCACCUGUCAGAUCGCGAACCCCCUGUCCUCCUGUGGCAUCAUGUAGAGACCUAGGCAGGGACCAAACUGGCAUGCCUCCUCUCUUCUCACGUACAUACAACCCGCCUCCUCUCUUCUCACGUACAUACAACCCGCCUCCUCUCUUCUCACGUACAUACAACCCGCCUUCUCUCUUCUCACAUACAUACAACCCGCCUUCUCUCUUCUCACGUACAUACAACCCGCCUUCUCUCUUCUCACAUACAUACAACCCACCUUCUCUCUUCUCACACACAUACAACCCGCCUUCUCUCUUCUCACGUACAUACAACCCGCCUCCUCUCUUCUCACGUACAUACAACCCACCUUCUCUCUUCUCACAUACAUACAACCCGCCUUCUCUCUUCUCACGUACAUACAACCCGCCUUCUCUCUUCUCACAUACAUACAACCCACCUUCUCUCUUCUCACAUACAUACAACCCACCUUCUCUCUUCUCACAUACA